AUGGCCAGUGUUCCAUCGAGUUCCCAGGCUGUGAGGCAGAGGCCCCAGCCUGGCCCCUCCGGGCACCAGCCGGAUGUGAUGCUGGACGCACAGAGACCAGGACCGCCAGCAGCCCAGGCACACAGCAGCCCUCCGCCAGAGGGCUCCGGCCGGCGCACGCAGCGGGAGAGGUCGGCCGCUCUCCAGGAGUCGGAGGAGGCAGCCACGGGCGAGGAGGACGCCUGGGACCUGGACAUGCUGUGCGCAGCCCAGGCACACAGCAGCCCUCUGCCAGAGGGCUCCGGCCGGCCCGGGAAGCGGGAGAGGUCGGCCGCUUUCCAGGAGGAGUCGGAGGAGGCAGCCACGGGCGAGCAGGACGCCUGGGACCUGGACAAGCUGUGUGGCCUCAAGAUGAGGCUGAAGCGACGGCGGGUGUCCCCGGUGCUGCCCGAGCACCACGAGGCCUUCAAAAGGCUGCUUGGGGACCUUGUUGUGAAAAUAUUCCUGGCCUGGGACAAAAAUCUGAGGGUAUCUGACAAGUAUCUCCUGGCCAUGGUCAUAGUGUAUUUCAGCCGGGCUGGCCUCCCCUCCGGGCAGUACCAGCGAAUUCACUUCUUCAUAGCUCUCUACCUGGCCAACGACAUGGAGGAGGACGACGAGGGCCCCAAACAGGACAUCCUUUGGCUCCUCUAUGGGAACGACCGUUCCCAGCGUCUUCUGUUCCACCAACAGCGAGUCCAAUUCGCCCAAUCCAUGGGCUGGAAGGCCUGGGUCUCCCGGGAAGAGUGUGAGGAGAUCCAAGCGUUUGACCCAGAGCUCCCGGUGUGGAAGCGAGACCGCAGCCUGCUCGCUGUGUGAGCGCUCCCGGGACCACGGAGGCCUGGGCUCACCGGCCCAGA